AGUGGAAUCAAAACAAAAACAUUUUGCAGCUGUUAUAAGAAAGCUAUACACAUUACCUUCCAAUUACAGUUUUCACACCUCCUCGCUUCAUUGGCCUAUCGCCGCCGCUUAUACUCGCUUUCCGAUCGCCGGCGAUUCAUCCAACCUUAAGUUAUCCAACCGUAGAGUCAGCUGUUUUUUUUUGUUUUUUUGGUUGGGGGUUUAGAUGGCGAAGAAGAGGAAGUCUUUGGCAUCGAGUAUCGAUGAGGUGGAUCGAACCAUGUACUCCACGUUUUGUAGUGCAGCGAAUUCGCUUUCACAGCUUUAUAGUCAGGCUUUGAAUCAACAGAAGCUUUCAUUCCAGGCCGGUGAACGACAUGGAUUGGAGAAAAUGUAUCAAUGGAUCUUGAGGCAACAAGAGGGAGGAUCCAGAGUAACAACUGCUGACAUGAUGAACUACCUGCAGUCGGAACUGGACUACAGUGGAGAGGACCAUUCAAUGUCGCCUAGACCACCGCAGAACCAACAUUCUCAACCAAUGCAUUUUGCAAAUUCAGGUUUCCCAGUCUCUUCAGGCUCAAUUGGUGUAGCAGCUCCAGGACAUGGUGUACGAUCGGAUCAUGAUCCGCAAUCGAAGAAUUACGUUUUCUCAAAUGCUCUUUCAAGCCCUGUUCGGCAAAGCCUGCAGAAUUAUCAAGUUGCUCAAGGAGGUUACUUUUCAAACAACGUUCAGCCUUCAAAUGGAGCAAGAAACAACGAAACGAACCUCCACCACCAAAAUAGGGAGUCCAAUAGCUAUAACUCAGCUGAUGCGUCCAUGGAUAUGCAUUCUGAUAGCCCUGGUCAUGAUUUUACUUACUGAAGUAGUCUGUAAAUAGAAUGUUUCUGGAGUUGCUUCUCGUCAUGCCGUGGUAUUCAAGCAGCAAGUUCAGGUUGAUUGAUUGUCGUGUGUAGCAGCUGUUGUCAGGGAGAAAAUGCCGUUAUUGAAUUGGCUGUUUGAUUCAGAGAUUGAAAGGUGCGUUCGUGUUGGCUCGUAAAUCAUCAUUCUGUUGUCAUGCACAUGUGCUCUUACGUAAAAUGCAACGUGAUGGGCAUAAUACUUGCUGAAUACACUGUUGUUUCUGUUGAACUAGUUAGUUCUUUUCGAUCUUCUAUGAUGUUUAUGGAGUAUUACUUUAGUAGGGUAUAAAUAUAUAUAGAUAUAUGAUUGCGCUCAUUUGUUGUGACUUGUGACGUUCGAUUGCA